AUGGAGGGUCAAAGGAGUUUAAAAAAAGUAAAUGUUUAUAAACGUCUACCAUAUUUGUACGUAGGAAUGUUUUUUAUUGGAGGCUUACUUGAAGUAGUUUUUUGUUCAACCAAUUAUUAUCAAGUUUAUAAUAUUGGUGAAAGUGAAAAGAAAUUAGAUGGUGACGUAACAGAACUUAUGAAAAGAUAUGAGCUUAGACAAAAAAUGAAAGAAAAGGCUACACAAAUAUCGGAAGAAUGA